AUGGGUUCAGACAAGCAGAUUGGUAGCCCACGCCCACUCUUGGGAACCCUCAAGAUGGGCAGAGUUAGGACUAUCCUGACACAUACAUACCCGUACCCGCAUGAACACUCCAGGCAUAUUAUGACUGCAGUGAUUAUUGCCUGUCUCUUUUUUAUAUCAUCUGACAACAUGCAUACGCUCAUACAUAGAUUGGACAACAAUAUCAAGUGGUGGUCCAUGUAUGUUUGCCUCAUUGGCUUCUUCUAUUUCUUCUCAUCUCCUUUUCUUGGAAGGACCAUUCAGCCAAGCUACUCGAAUUUUAACCGCUGGUAUGUUGCUUGGAUUUGCUUUGCAUCCCUGUACCAUCUUCCUAGUUUCCAGUCAAUGGGGGUUGAUAUGCGCAUGAACCUUUCGCUUUUCUUGACAAUAUAUUUCUCCUCGGUCCUUUUCAUCAUUGCCUUUCAUAUCAUAUUUAUUGGUCUCUGGUACAUUGGGUUGGUUGCACGGAUGGCAGGAGCGAGGCCAGGAAUAUGGACAAUUCUCCAGAACUGUACAGUAAUCAGUAUUGCAUGCUGUGUAUUCUACAGUCAUUGUGGGAAUCGUGCUGUGCACAAGAGCAAAUCUUUUGGUAGUAGUUCUGAUCCCAAUUUGCUUGCUUUCCUUAAAAAUGAAAACGGAAGUACCUGGAUAUCAAAUUUUCUCCGUAUGAAUCAGUUGAAAGAUGAGAUAUGUUCGUCUUGGUUUGCUCCUGUUGGAUCUGCAAGUGACUAUCCUAUUCUGGCAAAAUGGGUUAUCUACGGGGAGUUAGUUUGCAGUGGAUCCUGUGCUGGCCCGUCGGAUGAAAUAUCUCCUUUGUACUCAUUGUGGGCUACAUUUGUUGGCCUCUAUAUUGCUAACUUUGUUGUGGAGAGAUCGACUGGAUGGGCUCUUACCCACCCAUCAAUGGAUUUGGAGGAUGAGAAGCUGAAGAGGCAUAUGAAACCAGAUUUCCUGGACAUGGUACCUUGGUAUUCAGGGACAUCUGCUGAUUUAUUCAAGACAGCAUUUGAUCUUAUGGUCUCUGUGACUCUUUUUGUUGGGCGAUUUGACAUGCGCAUGAUGCAGGCUGCAAUGAAAGGACCAACAGACAACACUCCAAAUGAUGACCUAUUGUAUGACUACUUCAAUGAAAGGGAAGACCUUUGGUACCCAAACCCUUCAUCAUUUACAUACGAGAGACGCUUCUUUAGGCCUUUUGAGUACGCUCUACAGCCUCCACCUUGGUACAGUGAUGAACAUAUAGCUUUGGAUAAGCCUGAGCUUCCUCCUGGUGUAUCAAAGAUGACUGAAUAUGAUGGACCACAGUGUUUCAUAAUUCCUGGAAACCAUGACUGGUUUGAUGGGCUCCAUACUUUUAUGAGAUAUAUAUGUCAUAAAAGCUGGUUAGGUGGAUGGUUUCUGCCUCAGAAGAAGAGUUAUUUUGCAUUGCAUCUUCCCAAGGGUUGGUGGAUAUUUGGUCUUGAUUUAUCUCUCCAUGGUGAUGUUGAUGUGUACCAAUUCAAGUUCUUUGCAGAUGUUUGUCGGAAUAAGGUUGGAGAGAAUGAUUCUGUGGUUGUAGUAACACAUGAGCCAAACUGGCUUCUUGAUUGGUAUUGGAACGAGAGUACAGGCAAGAAUGUGUCACAUUUAAUUCAGGAAUACCUGAAAGGAAGAUGUAAACUUCGCCUGGCAGGGGAUUUACACCAUUUUAUGAGGCACUCUGCCACUCGAUCAGAAAAAACUAAUUUUGUGCAACACUUGCUUGUCAAUGGAUGUGGUGGCGCCUUUUUGCACCCAACACAUGUUUUCAGAAACUUUGAGAGGUUCUCUGGAACCACCUAUGAAUGCAAGGCAGCUUAUCCAUCUUAUGAUGAGUCUAGUGGGAUUGCAUUGGGUAACAUAUUGAAGUUCCGCAAAAAGAAUUGGCAGUUUGACAUCAUUGGUGGUUUUAUAUACUUCAUACUGGUGUUUUCAAUGUUCCCACAGGUUAUCACACUCUGUAUGAAUGGUAUCAAUCCAUGGAAAGUCAUGGCGGUGACAAGAAUAAAUAUAUGCAAGAACGGAAUGAUGUCUCUUUCACGGAGUGUUCUGAUCAUGUACUACACUUCUGUGUUUAUCUAUUUCUGGAUUUUCUCGACUCCAGUUGUUUCCCUCAUAUUUGGUAGCUACCUGUACAUCUGCAUCAACUGGUUCCACAUACACUUUGAUGAAGCCUUCUCAUCACUGCGCGCCAUAAACUACAAAUCUUUCACAAGGUUUCAUAUUAAGAAGGAUGGUGAUCUGGAAAUAUUUACUCUUGCAGUUGACAAGGUCCCAAAGGGCUGGAAGUUGGAUCCGAGGUGGGAAUCAGAGGAAGAGGGCCUCAUCAGCUCAGCCAUGACCGAAGCAUCCAAGCAAGUGGAGGUCAGCCUCAUCACGGACCCUGUGAGAUCUGUGCGGGUUGUUGACCAUUUCACCAUUGAAAGAACAAGAACCCCAGAUACGGAGCCUUCUUCCUGA